AUGCCACGCACAGAGGCAGUAAUGUACAAAAUGCCACGCACAGAAGCAGUAAUGUACAAAAUGCCACGCACAGAAGCAGUAAUGUACAAAAUGCCACGCACAGAGGCAGUAAUGUACAAAAUGCCACGCACAGAAGCAGUAAUGUACAAAAUGCCACGCACAGAAGCAGUAAUGUACAAAAUGCCACGCACAGAAGCAGUAAUGUACAAAAUGCCACGCACAGAAGCAGUAAUGUACAAAAUGCCACGCACAGAAGCAGUAAUGUACAAAAUGCCACGCACAGAGGCAGUAAUGUACAAAAUGCCACGCACAGAAGCAGUAAUGUACAAAAUGCCACGCACAGAAGCAGUAAUGUACAAAAUGCCACGCACAGAAGCAGUAAUGUACAAAAUGCCACGCACAGAAGCAGUAAUGUACAAAAUGCCACGCACAGAAGCAGUAAUGUACAAAAUGCCACGCACAGAGGCAGUAAUGUACAAAAUGCCACGCACAGAAGCAGUAAUGUACAAAAUGCCACGCACAGAGGCAGUAAUGUACAAAAUGCCACGCACAGAAGCAGUAAUGUACAAAAUGCCACGCACAGAAGCAGUAAUGUACAAAAUGCCACGCACAGAGGCAGUAAUGUACAAAAUGCCACGCACAGAAGCAGUAAUGUACAAAAUGCCACGCACAGAAGCAGUAAUGUACAAAAUGUCACGCACAGAAGCAGUAAUGUACAAAAUGCCACGCACAGAAGCAGUAAUGUACAAAAUGCCACGCACAGAAGCAGUAAUGUACAAAAUGCCACGCACAGAGGCAGAGGCAGUAGUGACGCCUUAA